CGAGUCCCUCCCGUCAACAUCCUCACCUCCACGCUUCACCACCCCCGCCUCAAAGUCAACACCCCGACGCGUCUCUACGCGAAACACCACCAUGGCCUCCUCCUCCUCAACCUCAACGGGCUCCAUAAUGGACCACAUUGACACCACAACCAUCAUCUCCCUCCUCGCCGUAGUCGCCAUCCUCGCAACAUCCUACCUCCUCUCCCUCUCCCUCCUCCACCGCAGCACGCCCUCCCGCCUCCGCAUCCUCUUCAUCUGGCACUUCUUUGAUUUCCUCAUCCACUCCAUCUUCGAAGGCUCCUUCCUCUACAACUGCUUCUUCACAUCCGCGCCAUUCGACCCCGCUAUCCACCAUCCUGCGCUGAUCACAAACUUCUUGUCUCAGCCUGAUAGGCUGUUUGGCGCGAAGUAUGGAGACAAUUGGGCGACGAAGCUGUGGAUGGUGUAUGCGCAGGCGGAUAGCAGGUGGGGAGGCGCGGAUCUGACGGUUAUUAGUUUGGAGCUCUUGACUGUUUUAGGAGCGGGCCCGCUGGCGUUGUAUAUUUGUUGGGGGAUUGUGAGGAGGGAUGUUAUGACCGGGUUUUGGAUGGUUGUUUUGGCUACAGGGGAGCUGUAUGGAGGCUUCAUGACAUUCUGCCCCGAGUGGUUGACUGGAAACCAGAACCUCGAUGCAAGCAACUUUAUGUUCAAGUGGGUAUACCUGGUGUUCUUCAAUAUGUUGUGGGUAUUCUUGCCAUUAUAUGCUAUGUAUCAUACAUAUGUGGAUAUGAAUAAUGCAUUUUUGGUGCGGAAUGGGGUUGUGUUGAAGAGUUUGGAGGCGAAGCAAAAGAAGACAAAGUAGGGCGAUUCAGCAGGAGACAAAUAGAUAAAUGCAUUUACUGGGAUGCGAAAGGUCGAAUUUACAGAGACACUUGUACGAGAUGAGAUAUACCCUGCGCUUACGGUGAAGCUCCCUUGGAUGGCAGCACAGGACUUCAGGUUAGAAAAAGUUUGAUUGGUGUUCAGAUUUCAAAUUCGGAACUUAGAACUUGUUUUAGCAUCGAACUCUCGCAGAGAACUUCUAUUAUGAUUAGACUUCUCCGUGCCACCGCUGUUCUAUUCCAUUUCUGUUAUAGCCGUUCUCCGAUCCCUCUCCGAACAGUGCUGCA